UGGUAUCCGGCGCGAGAAGGAAACGUUAUUUUCGUUAUUCACACAAAUUGGGAUCCGAUGCCCGGUUUAAAAAUGGAGGCUUAAGCGAGUCGCUGAUCACAUGACUUACUUGAACUCACGUGAUUUUCGCGAGGUGUGACGGGUUAUAUGGCUACGGGAGCGAUGUAUGAGCUGUCAGGAGUUGGAUUUGAAAAGUCAAGAGACUUGAUCAUUUCCCUUCCUCCGGACUUGUUUGCUGAACUGUGCCAGCAAAGUAUUGAACAUCUGCAAUGUGAGAGCACUGGUGUAGACCAGAUACUUCUCUGUCAGAGGUUUCAAGCAGCAGGAGUUGAAACAAAUGUGGAUGAAGUUAUAAAUGUUAUAAAUGCAGUGAACUAUCUCUUCAGCACUGCUGCAAAGCACAAGCUGUCCACAGAUGUGUUAGUGAACACUGUUGCAAGUCAUUACAAGCUACCAAAGCAGACUCUGCAUGUCAUUCGCCAUGUAUGGACUGAAGAGGGUCAAAAGCUGUUAGACACUGAAUCUUCCAGAGACCUAUUACCAGCUGCACAGCUUCUUGAUUUUCAGUGGAAAAUCGGAAUGGCUGUCAGUUCAGAUAGCUGUAAAUCCCUGAAUCAUCCUUGCGUCACUGUGGAAUUAAAAGUAGCAGAACAUUCUGGCCAGGUCCAAACGAAGGUCUUUGAAAUGACUAUUCAAGAAUUUCAGAAUUUCUCCAAGCAAUUUAAGGAGAUGGCUGCAGCUCUUGAGACUGUUUGACACAACAAUCACUAAGGUUUAGUGUGAUGAAAGAAAUAGCCAUUUUGUACAAGGAAAACCAAGAAACGAUGACUAUAAAGUUUCAAACAGUGUAUUCCAUAAUGUGGAAAUGUAACCAUUCCUUGAGUUUUUAUAACUAUACAAUUUUUUUUUUUUAACAUAUAAAUUUAAAAGAGCUUAUUUAGCCUUAAAUAAAUUUGGGCUGCAGAGAUUGUCAUAUUUUCAUAAAUGGCAUGUACUAUUCCACUCUCUGAUCGAGCAGGCAUCAUGGAAUCCCCCAGCAUUGUAAUAGCACCACUGAAUGGCUCCACAUGGCACUUGGAUGCCAAAUGGAGUCACUACAGCCAGUCAGGCUUGGAGGCGCUUUAAAUAGGAUACAGUUUGUGCUUUUAAAUGGCACACCUGCUGAAUCACAUUAUAAAGCAGCAUGCAGAUGUUCUUUAAUAAAGAAGUCCAACUGGUGCUUUCUUCCA